UCGCACUGGCCGCUUGUUAAGUUUCACUCCCCUUCUCUCACCCUCGGGUCCGCCUUGGAAGCCAAAUGAGCCCAUCAAGAACUAUCAGAGCGACUUAAGUUCACCAAGGAGUUCUCCAAGAUAAGCACAGGUCCGCGGAGAUAGCCGCGCAAGGAGCUAGUUUUCUACAUCUUCAUUUAACUCAGAAGCGCGAUCGGAAGAAAAAUCCAUAAACGUCUCUUUACACUGAAAACAGCCAGGUUAGAAGCCCGGCCCAGAAUCGGGACUCCUUCUCGGGUUCUCCAGAGCCCUUCGGGGACGCCGGGUUUCUGCUUGCACUUGUGGAGCGGAGGACCGCGCCAAGGACCUACACCUCGCGGGCAGCAGGGGAUCGCUCUUCGCUGGAGCAAACGAAUCUAAAGGUCGCGGCCCGGGCCCGGGUUAACUGGGCGGUUUCCAUGGCGCCCAGGGCGUAGGGGAGGAAUGCAGCCAGCAAACUGUGGCGAAACAACUGCGCUGCCUGGCCUGCCGCGAUCGAGAAGGCGGGGGACACCGGGCGGAGGGCGUGGGGUGGGGAAGCGACCAGACCCGGACUGGACCGGGCGGUCACGUGCGCCCGAGGGGGCGAGGCCCCUGUCCGCCCCGGAGUGAAACGAGCGGGCGAAGUGACCGUGAAAAGGAGCUAAGUUUUUGUAGGACGGAGAACAACUACCCAAGGCAAGAACAGCCAGGAGCCGGCCGUGGCAUCUGCGGGGACUGGGAUCCUCAAGGAUAAGGGAGAGGGCAGGCGCUUUCUAGCGAGCUCAGGGAAUUCCAGUGGCUGCUUUGGCGCAGCUUUGGGUCUCAAUUUCCUUUGCAACAGGGUCGCGCUCCCGGGUAAGUGCCCCGUCGCGCUAGGAGACCAGCGCCAGCCCUUUCAGACUGCCGGGAAGCGCACCACCUCGCGCUGCAGGAGUGGCUGUGGUCAUGGUGAAUGAGGGUCCCAGCCAGAAGGAACGCCAUGACACCUCGGCACAGAGUUACGACGCGGUCCAGGGGGACCCCAGCAUCUCGGCCCACCCCAGCGUCUCCAUCCACCCCAGCGUCUCUGCCCACCCCAGCAGUUCGGCCUACCCUAGUACCUUGGCCCAACCCAGUGGCUUGGCCCAACCCAGUAGCUCCAGCCCGGAGGAGCUUAGCGUAAUCAAGGUGAGCAGGCGGCGUUGGGCGGUGGUCCUGGUGUUCAGCUGCUACUCCAUGUGCAACGCCUUCCAGUGGAUCCAAUAUGGUUCCAUCAAUAACAUCUUCAUGAACUUCUAUGGGGUCAGUUCCUUUGCCAUUGACUGGCUGUCCAUGUGCUACAUGCUAACCUACAUCGUGCUGCUCCUGCCCGUGGCCUGGCUGCUGGAGAAAUACGGUCUGCGCACCAUUGCUCUCACCGGCUCUGCUCUCAACUGCCUGGGGGCCUGGGUGAAACUGGGCAGUCUGAAGCCCCACCUCUUCCCCGUCACGGUGCUGGGCCAGGUCAUCUGCUCCAUGGCUCAGGUCUUCAUCCUGGGCAUGCCCUCCCGCAUUGCUUCGGUCUGGUUUGGAGCAAAUGAAGUUUCAACGGCCUGCUCCCUAGCUGUCUUUGGCAAUCAGCUUGGAAUUGCAAUUGGGUUCUUGGUCCCUCCGGUUUUGGUACCCAAUGUCAACGACCAGGACAAGCUUGCCUACCACAUCAGCAUCAUGUUCUACAUAGUAGGAGGUGUGGCUACUCUCCUCUUCAUCCUGGUCAUCAUCGUGUUCAAGGAGAAGCCGAAACACCCGCCCAGCAGGGCGCAGUCCCUCAGCUAUGCCUUGGCGUCCUCUGAUACUUCCUACUUGGGCUCCAUUGUCCGGCUCUUCAAAAACCUCAGCUUUGUGCUACUUGUCAUCACCUAUGGUCUGAAUGCCGGCGCUUUUUAUGCCCUGUCCACUCUGCUGAAUCGCAUGGUGAUCUUCCACUACCCGGGGGAAGAAGUGAAUGCUGGACGAAUUGGCCUGACUAUCAUCAUUGCAGGAAUGUUUGGAGCCAUGAUCUCAGGCAUCUGGCUGGAUAAGUCCAAAACCUACAAAGAGACAACCCUGGUGGUGUACGUCAUGACUGUGGUGGGCAUGGUGAUCUACACGUUGACUUUGAACCUGGGACAUCUGUGGGUAGUGUUCGUCACCGCUGGCACAUUGGGUUUCUUUAUGACUGGCUAUCUCCCACUGGGGUUUGAGUUCGCCGUGGAGCUCACAUACCCAGAAUCAGAGGGCAUGUCGUCUGGCCUCCUCAACGUGUCUGCACAGGUGUUUGGAAUCAUCUUCACCAUCUCCCAGGGACAGAUUAUUGACAACUACGGAACUAGGCCCGGGAACAUCUUCCUGUGUGUGUUCCUCACCCUUGGGCUGGCCCUCACUGCUUUCAUUAAGGCAGAUCUCCGGAGGCAAAAGGCGAACAAAGAAAUCCCCGAGAUAAAAGUCCAAGAGGAGGAAGACAGCAACACUAGCAAGGCACCCACCGUGAUAUCGGAGGUUCGUCUCUGACAGAGGGACAGGUGAGAGUGACCCAAGAAACACGAACACCCCACCUCUUCACUCAGCUCAGCUCUCACUGCCAGCGCACAGGUCUUUGUUGGAGCUUUUUGAGGGCAUCAGCUGAAAUAUUUGUGGCUUGCAUGUUGGUGCCUAUGCCUCUGGGAAACCCUGCAGAGCUUGGUUGGCACUUUUCAUCAAACGCAGACUGGAUUUCCGUCCCCUCCACCUUUGAGGAGCUCAUGGGUGGCGGUGUGGGGAAGGGCUGGUGGAUGGUCCUCAAGUCGUCCAGGCUUGGCCCCUUGCCUUCCAUUAUCUCCUUCACCCUCACAGAGAAUGCUUGCAAAAUUACCACAGGGAGAAAGUUUAUUCAGAAUAUGAACUUUUUCUAGUGUCUUAAGAGCCUCACCAGAAGCCCAGUUCUUUCUAAGGAGAAGCAAGCUGCUCAGCCUGAGGGUUGUUCCUGAGUCAUCAGAGGGACUGUUCAGUAACAUCCAUCAGAACAGCCUCACAGGGUAACUCCACUAGGACCCUUCGCCCAAGCUGGGAUCUGUCUAAUGUGAUCUUUCUCUAAAUUCUCCUGUGAGCUGAUCAGACCAAACAUUAAUAAUUUGUUCACACCAAUAUUUUGUUGUGGCCAUGACGAGGGAACUGAUUUGGGAAGGUUAACUACCUUGAGCUGGGAUGGAAAGGUACUUUUCCUACAAAAGAAGUUCCUGUCCAGGUACUUCAGGGUGUCCUUGGCCACUCCGUAUGCCUUCAUCUGGACACUGCACUGGGACAUUGCCAUCACCUAAGUGUGUGUUUUAUCCCAACGGAGCAAUCACAGCCAACCUCACUGUAAAUGUCACUGAAAGUGAAAUCUCCAUUCUGCUCUGACAAGUCCAAGGCUGCUUCUGACAGAUGAGAGGACACGGGUAUCCGGAAAGGUGCUUCAUGAAAUGGGCAUUGCAUCUGAUUGAUGGAACAUGUCCUGCCUCUGGUGGGGACAGCAUUUGCACACCCACCCCUCCCCCUCCCUCCUACUAGCAAAGUCUCCAUCAGAUAUUCUACAUUUAAAGGGAUCGCCUUUAACCAAUUCAAGCUGAUCUCCCUGCCUGUCUAGCCUACUGCCUGGCUGUAUGCAUAGGCUUCAGUAGUGUCUCCUGAAACAAAAAGUGUUUAGUAAUUUCUCCUAUGUGUUGAGCACCUGUGGCAUGAACCACCAUGCCGUCUGGCUUUGGCCACAGUCUUGGCGUCAGCAUAUCAGAGCAGCCUGGGCUGGCUGGGUGCUGCUAUUGGCCCUGAAGGGGCCAGAUGUGUGUGUCUGUGUACAGAGCCAAGCAAGGGAAGGGAUGCUGUGUAUGUAAUAAAAGAAGUCUGCUUUUAUGGUGAUGGGAGCGUUGGGGGAGAAGGGAGAUGUGCCUUACUUUUUGACAGGUGACAGGUGUUUAUUCUUCAGCCCCUCAGAAUGUAUUAACAGCACAUUUACUGAAUCCCCAGCUUUAUUUUCAAAACACAAGUUGCAUUUUCUGUUUGUGAUACCAUUUUUUGAGGCAAUAAAGGGUUCGCAAAGUGG